CCGGGCUGGGCCGGCCGGGCGGGCGGGGAGGCGGCGGCGGUGCCUGGGCGCGGUGCGACAUGUCCCACCAGACCGGCAUCCAAGCUAGUGGAAGCGUUAAAGACAUCUUUGUUGGAGCCAGAAAUGGACAAUACAGACUUUUAAAAAUAGUCAUUGACAAUGAGCAGCUUGUUGUGGGAUCCUCUAGACGGCCAGUUGGAUCAUGGGAAAAGGAUUAUGAUUCCUUUGUCCUUCCCCUUCUUGAAGACAAGCAACCAUGUUAUAUAUUAUACAGAUUAGAUUCUCAGAAUGCUCAAGGAUAUGAAUGGAUCUUCAUUGCAUGGUCACCUGAUCACUCUCCUGUUCGUCAAAAAAUGUUGUAUGCAGCAACCCGAGCAACGCUUAAGAAAGAAUUUGGAGGUGGCCAUAUUAAGGAUGAAGUAUUUGGAACAGUACAGGAUGAUGUUUCACUGAAUGGAUAUAAAAAAUAUUUGAUAUCACAAUCCUCCCCUGCACCUUUGACUGCAGCAGAAGAGGAACUUCGACAAAUUAAGAUUAACGAGGUACAGGCAGAUGUUGGUGUAGAUACCAAGCAUCAAACACUGCAAGGAGUAGCAUUCCCCAUUGCUAAAGAAGCUAUUCAGGCUCUGGAGAAAUUGAAAAAUAAGAAACUCAAUUAUGUACAACUGCAAAUCGAUAUGAAAAAUGAAACUAUUAUUUUGGCCAACACACUUGAUACUGAACUUAAGGACUUGCCAAAAAGAGUUCCAAAGGAUGCUGCGCGUUACCACUUUUUCCUGUAUAAGCACACACACGAAGGAGACUAUUUGGAAUCCAUAAUUUUCAUCUACUCUAUGCCAGGGUAUACCUGUAGUAUACGAGAACGAAUGCUCUACUCCAGUUGCAAAAGUCCACUGUUAGAAAUUGUAGAAACACAGCUGUGGAUGCAGAUAGUUAGAAAGAUUGAAAUAGAUAAUGGUGACGAGUUAACUGCUGAUUUUCUUUAUGAAGAAGUACAUCCAAAACAACACGCUUACAAACAGAGUUUUGCUAAACCAAAAGGUCCUGCGGGGAAGAGGGGAAUACGAAGACUGAUUAGAGGUCCAGCAGAGACUGAAACACCUAGUGAUUAGAAACUGUUCGUGUUUGUCAAACUAUUGGAGUAAGAAAUUAAAUACUGGCUUUUGGUAAUGAACUAAAAUCAUUCCAUUCAUAGAUGCUAGGGAUAAAAAAAAAAGCUCUUUUUACUCUUCUCUUCUCUGACCUCAACAGUUUUUAUAUUGUUACAUGAUUAUAUUUGUUGACCAUGUUAUAUGACACAAAGAAGAGACAAUUAUUUUAAAGCUAGAAGAGAAAAACAAAGCUAGUACCCCUUUAUUUUAAUUUAGAAUCCAUUAUUUAAUAGCUGUACGUGUGAUCAUAAACUUUGCAGACAUAAGACUAUGAAGCCCAUGUAUUCUGUGGGUAAGUCACAGCUGUAUUGUUAUGCAUAGCCUAUUAAACCUCUAAGACUUUCCACGGGAGAAGAGAUGAAGGACUACAUAGCAUUGUCCCAACUCAAACUUUAUUUUUCCUUGUAGCACUUAUGGACAAUAGUAAAAUAGAAGGUUGUCUUUGGAUUUUGACAGGACGCAUUGUUGAGUUUUGUUGUUGUUUUGUUUGGUUUUGUUCUUUUUUUUUUCUUGUAAUGGAAAAGAUAAACUAAAAUCGGUUAUUGUUCAAUUAAUGUAAGUGUUCAGGAAUAGGUGGAUGUUUUCCUAGGCAAAAGCUUGGUCAUCUCAAAUUUAUAACUAAUUUAAUGAAUUAUCUUUUAAAGAAAUCUGACAUAAAACCACCAUAGUUUUUCCAUAUGUCUGUAUCACUCGUAAGCCUUACAUAUGGUACUGAAUGACCAAGUAAGAGGUGAUUAAAAGUGCAUGAGUUCGUAUAGAAAAAUAUGCCUAAAGUAUCUCAUAAUUAAUUAUCUGUGCACUUGGAUCUAAAAAUGUGUAAGUUCAGUAAAAUUGAAAUAGUCUUGCUUCAUAAUGGUGAGUUAUCCUUGAGAUCCUAGUGUGUUUGCAGUAUCAACUGCAAUUUUAACUUUCAAGGUAUUCUGAAAACGACUUUUCCUAAAUGUUUGAACUUCAAUAGUAACUUACAUCUGUAAUUUAAAUUCAGCUAAGUCUUGAAUAACUGCUGGCAGCAAGCACCUAGUUAGGAUUGGGGAAUUUUUUCCUCCUCACUUCCCUUCUUCAAAAUACUAAAAUCAGCCACAAUAGUCUAAACUUGAUUGAACUGUAAGUAAUGUGUUUAACAGGAAGAGGAAAAAUAGAUUAUUUUAAUAAAUGGAUUAAGGAAGAAUUAGAUGUGGAAAUCAAGUAUUGGAUGAUCUUAAAUAUAUGAAACUGUGUGAUGAGGCAAAUACUGGUGAAUAGAUUAUAUUCCCAGUGAGGACUUGCUUUUCAGUGUCUUGUAUGUGACCUUUGUGGUUUUUGAGUUUUGUUGGUUUGGGUUUUGUAAAGCUACAUGGGAGUUGCCGGCCUUGGUUAAGUGGAUAUUAUCAUAGCUGCUGGAUAUACUCAUUAUAGAGCUGAAUCGUGUGUUUACCUGGUGGAAGAUGGACUUUAAUCUAGUUUUGUAGGGAAAAAUGUUUUGACACUAGUAGUUCCUGACAAAAAAUUGUUUUAUCUAUUAUUUUGUUUGGCAAUACUAGCUUGCUAUUGACAUCUGAGAUUGCACUAUAUAAUGUGAAGGUUGCAAUAUUUUGUUUUACUGUGGUUUUUUUAUAUACAGCAGAAAUCUGACACUUCAGCUUUUUUAAAUUUAAUUUGACACACUACAUCAGUCAAAUUCAAUAGCUCUUGAUCCUCAGCUAAUCUCCUGCUUGCCCUUAGCUCUUGUGUUCUUUUCCUGCCUCUUGGCUUCUCCCUCUAGGGUAAGGAGCUGGUCUUUGAAGUGUUUCUUCUAUAUUGUGUGUCAGGAAAGUGUCAUUGUUUUUUAAAUAUGGUUACUGUAUGUGCAGCUCAUUGUACACUGUAAUUAAAUGUAUUUUUAGAUUAACUCAGAAUAUUUGCAACAUACCUAAUUUACUUUGGAGUUUUUGUUUGGUUUUAAGGAGUGGAGCAUUUAAAAAUUACUGCUAGAGGGUUGUUUGAAUUUGGUAUUCCUGCUCAUGUGCCAGCCAUAGCAAGAGUGCACAUACAUCUUUAUACUCUUUUGAGCCAGUAAAAAGUUCAGCUUUUUAAUACCAAAUGUUUUAAACAAUUUGACCUGAUAUGGUUGUGUGCAUGUUGUGGGGGUUUUGUUGGAUGUUUGUUUUGUUGUUGGGGUUUUUUUCUGGGUUUUUUUUGGUGGGUUUUUGUUUGUUUGUUUUUUUUUUUAAUCCUGCUCUAGGUAGAUGAGGAUAGAAAAUGGAAAACUUAAUCUGGAGGAUGAUGAGAGCUGGUUAAAUGAUAAACACUCUUGUAUAAUGAUGAGCUGCUUUAGAGUUCAGCCAAAACCAGACAUUGUAAAUUACCUUAUGUGAAAAUAUUCUAUGUGGAUGUACACACCCUGCCCAGCCAGCAGUCAGUCAUGUCCUGAGCAUGUCUCCCCCUCACCUUUCCCCAAAAACAGAACUGUGUGAAGUCUUGCACUGCUGGCUGUCUCUCCAGGCCUCUUGUAGCUAUUCUCCUGACAGCAAUAAAGAAGUAUCUGUUAUUUUUGUAAGAUCUAUCAUGUUUACAUCUACAUAGUUGCCUCCACUUCUGUUCAUGAAUGUUCAGAGCCAGCACAAAAUGUGGGCAUUAAUCAAAGUUGCUCCUUUAACUGUCUCUGGUCAUUAAAUAAUUGGAAGUGUCCAUUCAAAUUGUUGUUGGCCUUCCUAAAGCCCAAAAGCAAUGUAGCUGCUUGCAGUUAACUCAAGCUAUUAAACAGUUAAUUAACAGGACAAGUAAUUAUUUAAUAAAUGUUUGUGUUGCAAGGUAGGGAGAUUUUUAUCUUUUAAAACACUCCUAUCAAAGGUUAAACUAAUCAAGGUAAUAAUUGCUCUGUUGCUCAGAUAGACACUGUAAAUCAGAAAUUUUGUUUAUCAAUGUGUUUAUGUAUUCAACAAAAGCCACCUUCAGAUGCUAAAAUUAACUGUUUACCUUGUCUAUUUUGUAAUUUACUUUAUAAAUAAAGAUUGAUGCUUUAA